GUCAUUGUACGGGCAGCCCUUUCAUUCCAGCUUUUUAUGCUAAUGAUAUUCUAAUCGACAGCUGUAUGCAGCAGUAGUAAGAGCAUGCGCAGUGGGGGGAAAGAAUACGGCGAAGAUUCAAAGUUUUUGUUCGAUUUUUGCCACAGCACCGACCCACAAAACAGAUUAUGUUUGGCUUUCACAAGUCAAAGAUCUACCGGAGUAACGACGGCUGUUGCAUCUGCAAGACCAAGUCCUCCAGUUCACGCUUCACGGACAGCAGCCGAUAUGAAGAAACAUUCGAGCUCUGUUUUGGGCUGUCGGAAGAUCGUGUUGGAGACAUUUGCAAUGCCUGUGUGUUGCUUGUGAAGAGGUGGAAGAAGCUACCUAAUGGCUCCAAGAAGAAUUGGAACCACGUGGUGGAUGCCCGCGCUGGACCAGGCUUCAAGAUGACAAAGCCCAAGAAGAUGAAGAACAGUGAUGGGAAGAAGAAAAGCAAGCUAAAGAAGCUUCAUAAAUUGAAGAGACAAACAGACUCCGAUGCCCACAGCACAACAUCCAGUGUAUCUCCAGCGCAGUCGCCCAGUUACAGCAACCAGUCGGACGACGGCUCUGACAUCGAGUCCAAGCAAAGACGCCCGACUCCCUCCAUCUUCUCUUUCCUGGACCGCUCGUACUGGAAAAGGCAGAAGGUGUGCUGUGGCAUCGUCUACAAGGGCCGGUUUGGAGAGGUGAUUAUUGAUCCUCGGCUCUUCAAGCCUUGCUGCAGUUCCAAACAACAGAAGACCCUGGUGUCCACGCAAGUGGCCGCGCGCCUCCCGGACACACUGCCUCCACCAGUCGCAGAAGACGUGAAAGAAACCUGGUGAUUGCUUUUGUUGAAUCCCCUGUAGGGUUAUCCAUGGCAUCCACCUGGAUUUGUCUCCAGUGGCAGACCUCCCAUUUCCACCCAUCCUAUUAGCUCAAAUAGUUAGAUGUUUCUUUUCUUUUGUACUGUUCCUUUUUUAUAUGGGUGUCUUUUUUUAAUCUUUUGUAUAGAGUUGAUUUUGAUUUUUUUAUUGAAAGAAAAAAGAAGAAAAAAAAUUGCAAUGGGCAUUAGUGUUAUUUAUAGGUUGUGGGAGCAAAUUUUGUCGUUGCUCCGUUUCUGAUUUGAUAUUGUUUCGGUUAUUUUAGUGAUCAAAGUUUUGUAAAUAUUUUGUCACCUUUUUAUACAUAUCAGGAUUGUUCUAUUUUUUUUCUCCUCCUUUUUUAUAGAUUGUAAGUGCACAUGAGAGACACCAGCUAUUCUAAUAUCAGCCUAUUUGUUGCUGUUGGAGUGGCUUUCCAACCAGUUGCAAUGUUGUCUAAUCUGUUUGUUCCACAUGUGCGACUGCAUGAGUGUGUAGAAGUUUUAGUACACAAAUGGCUGUUGGUUACCCCAGGGAUCAUUAGAACUACUGUUCUCUAUGAACUUAUUGUGAUUUUAGUGUUUGUAUAGAUAAAAACACACAGUUUCUGAAAUAUUUCACAGCAACAUUUUUGAAACGCUCCAUUUUCUCAUUAGUUCGUGCACAUUAACUCUUAUAUAUGAGGUCACGCCAUGCAUGCAGUGCAUUCCUCCACCCUUGGCGAAAUGGCAAAAGGGAUUUAUUUCUUUUGUACAGCCUCCAAUGAAAUGCCAUUUUGUAAAGCAAGUGUUUUAAAAGUUAAUUUUGUAAAUACUGUCAGUGUUUCUGCUCUUAAAUCGCCCGUAAAUCAAAAUCUUUUUUUAAAUGACACGAAUAGCAAGCCCAUAUAUCUGUAAGAAAAUGUUCUUGUGUAUCGGAAAGGUGCUGAAAACAUGUACUUUUACGCUAAGCUGGUUAUCAUUUCUGCAUCUCAUUUUUUCGAACAUAUUACUGUAAAGGCGAGUUAAUCUGUUACCCAGGUUCUGUGGGUAUAUGUGUAAACUGCAGGGAAUGGUUAAGGUUAUGGUAGGAAAAGAUGAUUUUUUUGUUUGUUUUUUGCCCAAAAAUAGCUGUUGCAGAAAAUGUGUCUGAUUGCCAUUUCUGUUAUUUGUCUUCAGAAGCAAUUAUCAAAGUUCAAACUAUGCAGACAUUUUGAAUGUGAGAAGUGCUCUGGGGCUGUCUUGUCGCGCACUGUUACAGUGUAAGUGAUGGAUCCUUGUUCAACCAAAUUAGCUUAUAAAAAGCCUUCAUUAUUUCAGCAUUCAUUUUUCAUCUUCCUAUUCAAAAUUCAUCAUUGUCUCAAGAUAUUUCUCUUGAAAAAUUUGCUUAAAAUAAUAACUAGAUUGCAGAGUUUAAGCCAUCGUGCAGACUUUCUCUCCAAUGAAUAUUGUAAUGAUUGUUACUUUAGGGUUGAUUUUUGCAUUAUAACCAAUCUCAACUUUCAGUAAUUGACAGGCAAUGAUCUGUAAAGUUGCUUAAUAUAUAAACGUUUCUGCGGCAGGGUAGUUAAAUGCUGAACAUGUUUUAUGAUUCUUAUUAAAAGGAGAAACGCUGCGUCCUUUUAAGCGGGGAAAUAAGCUUGUUUUUGUCCUUCGGGAUUUGCCAUGUUGUUUUUGCGAGGUACAUUUGGGGAUGUGAGAUGUGCCUUAUGAAUUACCUGACCUUGUCAUGAUUCUCAUGUAAUUUAUAUUUAUUUAUUGCAAAACCUUUUUUUGAACUGACAUUUUGAUAACUGGUGUCGAGCCUUUCAGAAAUUCCUUUUUUAAUUUUGUGCACUUCCUUUGAACAUGCAAUUUAAAUGUUUUUUUUAAUAUUCCUUUGUAAACUGUACAACAAAGUAGAUCUGUAUUGUAAUAAAAACAUAAACGAGAA